AUGGUGAAGACGGCUUCUGUAGACGGUAACGGGUUGAAAAAAGGCGCGUGGAGCGAAGAAGAAGAUGAAAAGCUGAGGGCUUAUAUUCAGAGGUAUGGCCAUUGGAAUUGGAGAUUGCUGCCCAAGUUUGCUGGUUUGUCAAGGUGUGGAAAAAGUUGCAGGCUAAGAUGGGUCAAUUAUUUGAAGCCUGGGGUCAAAAGGGGAAAUUUCACCAAGGAAGAAGAAGAUAUGAUCAUUGAAUUGCAUUCCCAACUUGGAAAUAAGUGGUCAGCCAUUGCAGCAAAACUUCCGGGAAGAACCGACAACGAAAUCAAGAACUUCUGGCACACGCGUGUUGGGAAAAGCCGGAGACAAAGUCCAUUGCCCGCCGAUACUAAUAAUACGACUGAAAUUUCUGAAGAUCGAGAGUUAAAUCAUGAAGAGGAGUACACUUAUCACGAGACGGGUCAAAAUGAAUCCACUUCCUUAGACAGGUCUGGUUCGUUCAUGGAGCCCGGCCCGGUUGAUUCGUGGCCCGAUUCAUUUCCGACCAACGCCACUGCAGCUUACGGGCAGAAUGAUUUCUACCCGUCACUGCCCGAAGAUGAUUUUUUCUAUUCGGGGUUUGGUUACGGUGAUCAUUUGUCGAGCACGGGCGACUCUUAUUAUUCGAACGAUCAACCAUGUUUUUGUGGCGAACCUUUUGCAUCAACUUCGCAAUGUCAAACUAGUUAUGUUCCACAAGAGGAAGUUGGAGGAGUUUAUGAUCCUUUAUUUGAGGACUUUGAUCAUGGGAUCAAUUUGUUUAAUUAG